AUUACUUUAAACACAUAGACUGAGCCUUUCACAUGGUCACCAGGAUGUUUAACCAGGUUCUAGUGCUCUUUUCAGUUGGAUGGACAGUUUCCAUGUCUUUACCUGUACAGGUCAAUCAGACCCUACCUGUUUCCACAAUGUCCUAUGGAGAAACUCUAAACAAAGAAAGGAGGACUGUCAACUCUCCAUUCUAUGGUACGGCUUAUCCCAACAAUGUAGACAUAGAAUGGUCCAUCAAACCCCCUGCAUCACAUUUUAGGGUUUUUCUGGACUUUCUUGAUUUUCAGCUGCAAGAUUGUCCUGGAUGUUCUUGUGAUUCCCUGACUGUAAUUGAUGGAAACAAACCUACUUCUCCAAUCCUUGGCACAUUUUGUGGUUUUGUUUUACCUCCUUCUUUUGCGAGUUUUGGACAUGUGAUGACAUUGAAGUUUCACAGUGACAAUCAGACAAGCUACAAUGGAUUCCUUGCAUCAUAUCACUUUAUAACUGACUGAUGCAUAGGAUGGAGAGAAAAGGUUUCUGGAGAUCCAUCUGGACUUUUUU